AGAAAAACUAAAAUGGCGGAUAAAAAGCCUUCCAAAACAAAUUUGUUUGAUGAUCGAGAUUCUAAACCAGAGAAAACGGAGAGUCCUCUUGACUUUCUCUCGCGCACUGGUAUUACAAGUGACAUCAAAGAUGCAAUAACUCUUAUCAUUGAAAACAGGCCUGAGGAUCCAAUCGCUUUUAUGGCUGAGUUUUUUGACAGCCGCGCGAUCACAACCACGGCACUUGUGAAGGCCCAUCAAAAACUGCUGCUAGCACAUCAUUCAAGACCAUCUUUCCAAAUCAACCUGGCAGCAGCCUAUAACAUCUUGAAACAACAGAAAAAUAGUAAUGGUCUACGAGGACUUACUGGAAAAACAUACAAUGAUUUAUUGACUCUGUUAUGCAAAGACUUGACUGGGGCAGAAUCUGAACCUCUCCAAAAGCGAAUCAUGUGCUUUAGCCAUGAGGUGAUUCGCUUUCCAGUUUUUAAACUUGGAGUUUUAUCCACAUUUAUAUAUCAAGACUUUUUGAAACAAGCGGAAUCACUGUACAGUGAGUUGGACUUAACAGGAAGAGGCAAAGCUGAUAAAAAUCUCUGUGAAGCAAUUUUAAAUGAACUACAACAGGCAGUUGUCAAGACAACAGCUGAUCCCAUCAGUAUCAUUCACACUGGCUCCAUGUUGAGUUCUCAACGACUCAAUAAAGUAAUGGCUGAGGCAUUACUGAAGAGUGGAGCAACCAGUCAGUUAAUGGGCGCUGACGAAUUCAUUGUAAGCGCAGCAGAAAUCCUGCUUGAACAGAUACCAGACUUAAGAUGACGCUUGUGACACUGUAGGGAAUUACAUCAAAAGAUACACCCUUAAUCAGGCACAGUGGCACAGGACAACCACUCUACAUCAGCAGGAUGAACUUCCAGGUGAUAAGAUUAUUGCCACAGGCUAAACCUAAGCUCACGAUGUUUAUCAAAGAGUUUGCUAGGUGACGGAUCCUCAACACACCAUGGUCAUCGCACUAAUGCUACUAGCUCGUAAACUGUUCAUUCAAGAAAAUAUUUGCCACCCCUAUCGUAGCAUUUCAAUCAUCAUUUCGCAGUCAAUGUGUGUUUUUCCAACAUCCUGAUUUGUCACGUUAGGGUUUUGAUAGUCUCAAACAAGAAACAAGACUCUCUUGGAAAGUAAAGUAAAGAAUUCUCUGCCUUUGAUUGUUAUUAUACAACAGUACAAACUGUCAAGAUGAUAGAUUGACAUUUUAAAAUGUUUGUUUAGUUACACGUAAAACCCACUUCUAACUUUCCAUUGUACCCAGAGUAAUUCUAAAGAGUGACCAGCAUCUAAUUUCUCCUUACGAUGAUACUGUUGAAUCAUUUAUUGAGAUUAUGAGAAGAAAGGAAAUGAUAUUCAACCUACAACGCUUUGAUUGUUAAAAGAAUUCUUCUUGUCUCUACCCCCGAUAGGAAAUGUGUUAAAAAGGGUACGGAGAACUUCCAUAGUGAUGUUAGGGUGUGAGCAGGGGGGAGGGGUGGGGGAUUGGAUAAAUUUCAAUACGACGGCUGUCACUUUCAAAGGCAAGUCCUCCCCAUUCCUCACACAUAUCCUUUAAGCAAAAUCUGCACUCUAUUUAGGUUACAAUGAGAAGACAAGAAAUUAAAAUUGGGAGAGAAAGAAAUGAUAGGACUUUUUUGCAUUGAUAAAUCAAAACUAAUCAUCAAGCAAUACUGUUAGACACUGAAUGAACAACAUUUGAUCAUUUUAACUAC